AUGUCUGGGCGUGGUAAGAAACAUCCAAAGCCAGCACAGCCUGCCAAAAUCUCCAAGACUAAAAAAGCUGGCUUGCAGUUUGCUGUGUCCCGAAUUCACCGGUACCUCAGAAAGGGCCAUUAUGCUGAAAGAAUAAGUGCAGGAGCCUCAGUGUACCUGGCCUCCGUCUUGGAAUAUCUGACUGCAGAGGUCAUGGAAUUAGCUGGGAAUGCUGCUCAUCAGAACAAGAAGAAGCGGAUUGGACCACGCCAUAUCCAGCUGGCAAUAAGGAAUGAUGAAGAGUUGAACAAGUUGUUUACAAAUGUGACCAUUCCUGAAGGAGGAGUUAUCCCCAACAUCCACGCCCUUCUUCUUCCUAAGAAAACAUCACAGUUUAAAGAAGCCAGAGGGGAUAAUCAGUCCCAGGAAUUCUGA